AUGGAGUCCACCAAGGUCUCGGCGCUGCUGGUGCUCGCCAUGCUCGCCCUCUCCUCCCCCAUGGUGCUGGCGUGCGGCUCCGCCUCGUGCACCACCCCGUCCAGCGGCACCGGCACCACCAUCCCGUCCGUCGGCGGCAUUGUUGGCACCGUCUCCCCUGUCGUCGGCGGCGUUGUCGGCACCGUCGGCGGCGCCGUCCCUACAGUCGGUGGCGUCGCCUCUCCGGUUGUCGGCACCGUCACAGGAGCCGUCCCUACCGUUGGCGGCGUCGCAUCUCCGGUCGUCGGCAAAGUCGGCGGGAUGGUGUCUCCCGUCGUGGGCACCGUCGGCGGCAUGGUCUCUCCGGUCGUAGGCACCGUCACCGGCGCCGUCCCUACAGUCGGCGGCGUCGUCGGCACCGUCUCUCCGGCCGUCGGCACCGUCGGUGGUGCCGUCCCCACAGUCGGCGGCAUCGUGGGCAUCGUCACUCCCAUCAUCGGCGGCGGGAGCCCCUCUCCCAAGCGCCACGGCGGACGCAAGGCCUGCCCGCCUUCUCCCCCGACGCCCACGCCGUCUCCCCCGACGCCCGCGCCGACUCCACCCACGCCCACCCCUAGCCCCACGCCGUCCUCCGACACCUGCCCCAUCGACACGUUGAAGCUGGGCGUGUGCCUCAGCAUUCUCGGAAACGAGGUGCACAUCGGCGACAGCAAGGUCAAGUGCUGCGAGCUCGUGCAGGGCGUCGCCGGCCUCACCGCCGCGGCGUGCCUCUGCACCGCCAUCAAGGCCAAGGUGCUGGACCUCUCACUCUACGUGCCGCUCGCGCUCAGCCUGCUCGUCAACGACUGCGGCUGCGCCGUCCCGCCCGGCUACAAAUGCGCCUAAGCCAUCCUUCCCGCCCCCACGUACCUACGCAUGCAUCCACUGCAUAGUCAAGCCACCCACAAGUUUGAAACUAUUAAGGUUGUUGUUUGGUCGAUGAAGCCACUUGCUUCAGGGUUGUUCAUUUAGUACAUUUAUUUUAUUUAUUACCAUUCCCAUCAUUUGGUUUGAUAUCCAUCUUGUAAGAUUUGUAUAUCCAGAUCCUAUGGAAACUGUCAUUGUACGUUGUGUAACUAUUUAUCCAAAUGUAAUGCCAUUUUUACU